AUGAGUCAGGUUAAUGAUGGAGAUAAGCCACAGGAUGAGUCCAAUUGCGUGGGCUGUGAGCACCUGGACAACAUCGAAAAUAUGGUGGCCUGUGACUCUUGCGGUUCCUGGUACCACUUCAGCUGUGCGGAGGUCGAUGAAGGCGUAUCUAAUCAACCGUGGAAGUGCACCUCUUGUGGCACCUUCAAUCAAACUCCAAUGACGUUGGAAGAUGUUGAAGAAGAACGUUUGAAGCAAAAGACGCUGGUAGUUCCAUCCAACGGAGGAAAAUCGUCGAGGGCUUCAGAUUUUAACAAACCGAAUACCAGAAGGAGUAAGAAGUUGGCAACGAAAGACUCAGUAAGUGUUACCUCUAGUGUUAGAAGUAGGGCACUCGAGAUAGAAAUGCAAAUGUUGGAGGAGCAAGAGCGGAUAAAAGAGCAGGAACUGAAAGAAGAAAAAGAGUUGAAGCAAAAGAAGUUAAGGUUAGAGAAGCAAUUGAGGGAUCGCGAGUUAGAAUUAGAAGCCAAAAAGUUGGCAGAAGAUAAAGCUUUCCAGGAGAAACAGCUCGCGGAUGAAGAAAAGUUCCGUAAAGCCCAAAAAGAAAUGAGGCAGCAGUCGCUUGAGAAGAAGAAAAGUCUUGUUCGACAGUUGUCACAGCGCGGUAGUGAAGCUUCGAGCGUUUGUCAAAGUGAGACGGCGAAAUCUGUUGAGAAGGUGAAAAAGUGGUUGCAGAAAUCCGGCAAGCAGACAGAGGGAGACAACAAAAAGAAGUCCACGUCAGCAGCCAAGGAUUCUCGCAAAGUUUCGGAUAAGAAACCCGGAAAACCAAUCUUCGACGACGUUCCCCAUCCAGUUCCUGACAAAGCUCGGAGAAAAAUCAAGCCUAACGAAAAGUGGGACAAGACCGAGACGAGCGACGACGAUAGCGACCGAGAUAUCAAAAGUCAACAAGCAGAGAAGGGCCCUACCAAGCAUCAGUUAGCGGCACGUCAAGUGAUGGGAAAAGAUCUUCCGGUGUUUUCGGGAAAUCCGGAGGAGUGGCCUAUCUGUAUCAGCAACUUCGAAAGGUCAACAGCUACGUGUGGAUUCUCCCAGGAUGAAAAUCUGAUUCGGUUACAACGCUGCCUGAAGAGUUCUGCUUUGGAAAUGGUGCGCAGCAGACUUCUUUCUCCGAAUAGCGUUCCUCAUGUUAUCAAGACUUUGCAGUCACGCUAUGGUCGACCAGAAACUUUGAUUAAAGCACUCACCGAGAAAAUCCGUCAUCUUCCUCCUCCAAGAAUGGACAACUUGGAAAGCAUAGUCGACUUCGGUAUGGCGGUUGACAAUCUGGUGGAACACCUGAAGAAUGCAAACCAACAGCCACAUCUGACGAAUCCGUCGCUGCUUCACGAUCUUGUAGGAAAGCUUCCUGUCGAUUACCGGUUGAAGUGGUCAGCAUUCAAAAGUGCCGUAGAGGAAGUGAAUCUUGGAACUUUUGGAUUGUUCAUGUCUUCGUUGAUGGAGCUAGCGUUCGAAGUGAUGGAUGACACACCGACUGGAAAGUCAACCAAAGGAGUGAAUUCUAGGCCCAAAGAUCGAGGUUACGUACAAGCUCAUUCAGAGUAUCCUUCGACUGGGCCGACUUCGUCGAACAACAAGUCAACCACACCGACAAAGCAGCCGAUAAAGAUCUGUGCAUAUUGCAAGAUGGAUGGUCACAGGGUAAUGGACUGUUUCAAGUUCAAGUCGUUGAAUAUCGAUGAGCGAUUCAAGGUCAUCAGUCAGAACUCGCUGUGUCGAACUUGCUUGAACCAACCCGGGAGAUGGCCGUGUAAGACCUGGCGAGGGUGCGGAAUAGAAGGUUGUCGUUUGCGUCAUCAUACACUGUUGCAUUCGGCCACACCAUCCGUACCGACAGUAGUCUCUACGAGCCAUUCGGAGCAACAAACCAACGGUAGUCCCUUCUUCCGGAUUCUACCAGUAACGCUAUAUGGAGACAAAUGUAAGCUGAACGUGUAUGCAUUCGUGGAUGAAGGUUCGCAGCUGACACUAUUGGAUGAUGGAGUAGCUGAGCAGUUGGGAAUCACUGGGCCGAUUGAAACGUUGAAUCUACAAUGGACCGGGAAUAUUACACGGAACGAACCGAACUCCAGGCGGAUUCGGGUGGAGAUUUCGGGUUGCGAGCUGGCAAAACGCUAUAAGUUAUUCGACGCACGUACCGUAGCUAGCCUUCAACUACCGACGCAAUCGUUGCACUACCACAACUUAGCAACAAGUUUUCCGCAUCUACGAAGUUUGCCGAUCAGCGAUUACGAAAACGUAACACCGAAGCUCUUGAUUGGUCUUGACAACCUGAAACUGACGGUUCCGUUGAAGAUUCGGGAAGGAGGUUGGGGCCAACCUAUGGCAGCCAAGUGUCGUCUUGGCUGGAGUAUCUACGGCUGCUCUCAGACAGUUUCGGAACCAUUCACCUGUGGGUUUCACGUUGGAGGAUGGACCAACCCAGAGCCAGACUUGAACCAGCUAGUCCGCGAUUACAUAACGCUAGACAACUCGGGCGUAGCACCUCCGCUAACUCCGCUCGAAUCAGAGGAGGAUAAACGAGCACGUAUGCUACUUCAAUCGACGACUAGCAGGAUUGGCAACCGAUUUGAGACUGGUCUUCUAUGGAAGUGGGAUGAUAUCCAGUUUCCAAAUAGCUACGGGAUGGCGUACCGACGCUUGCGCUCGCUAGAGAAACGACUCAGUAAAGAACCUCAUCUUUACGACUGCGUGCGUCAACAAAUGCGGGAGUAUCAAGAGAAAGGUUACGCUCAUCAAGCUACGACGGACGAACUAUCAAAUACAUAUCCGGAGAAGUGCUGGUAUUUGCCGAUUGGGGUAGUGCUCAAUCCUAAAAAGCCCGACAAGGUGAGGAUCAUCUGGGAUGCCGCCGCAAAAGUAAACGGAAUAUCACUCAAUUCAGCGUUACGGAAAGGUCCUGACUUCCUCACGUCGCUGAUUGCAGUUUUCUUCCACUUCCGCUUAUAUGCCUAUGCGCUAACGGGAGAUAUCAAGGAAAUGUUUCACCGCUUCUUCAUCAGGCUAGCGGAUCGCCAGUUCUUGCGAUUUCUCUGGCGUGAUCGUGCAACACUAGAGGUCGUGGUCUUUAUUAUGGACGUGGCAAUAUUUGGAGCGACAUGUUCGCCGAGUUCCGCGCAAUACAUUAAAAAUCUGAAUGCACGGGAGUUUGAAGCUGAGUUUCCGAGAGCGGUAGCAGCAAUUGUCCAUUACCAUUACGUGGAUGACUACUUGGACAGUUUUUCAACAGCAGAAGAAGCAGUGAAGGUGGGAAGUGAAGUGAAGCGGAUACAUGCCGAAGGUGGAUUUGAGAUUCGUAAUUUUCUUUCCAACGAUCCAGCGAUCGCAGUGCAAGUCGGAGCAGAAUCAAUGGAACCGGAGAAGUCAAUCAAGGCGGAGAAAGGUGAAAACGUUGAAUCCGUCCUAGGAAUGAAAUGGAUCCCGAGCGGUGACGAACUCACCUACACUUUUGUGUUGCGCGAGGAUCUCAAACACGCUCUGGACGAUUCGCACACACCUACGAAGCGAGAGGUGCUUCGGGUAGUUAUGAGCUUAUUCGAUCCGUUAGGGUUGAUUAGCUUCUUCUUGAUCCACGGCCGAACAUUGAUGCAGGACAUUUGGGCAUCAGGUGCAGACUGGGACGAACCAAUAAAUAAUACACUAUGUGGCCAGUGGAAACGCUGGACGGCACUCCUUAGUGAGCUUAAUUUGGUUCGAAUUCCACGGUGCUAUUUCUUCGGAGCCGGAUAUGAGACCUACUCGACGCUCGAAAUCCAUGUUUUCGUAGACGCUAGCAGGUCAGCUUAUGCCAGCGUAGUUUACUUCCGAGUGGACACAACCCAAGGUCCUGCAGUAGCGUUGGUGGCCGGAAAAGCGAAAGUAGCUCCCCUCAAGAUGAUGUCAAUUCCCCGUCUGGAGCUACAAGGUGCUGUGUUAGGAUCCCGUUUACUAAACAGUGUGAUGGCUAUGCAUAAACUUCCAGUAACUCGGCGUGUGCUUUGGACAGACUCCGAGAUAGUUUUGGCAUGGUUGCGGUCAGAUAAUCGGAAGUAUCAGCAGUUCGUGGGAUUUCGAGUGGCGGAGAUUCUUUCUACGACGGAUGUACAAGAAUGGAGGAAAAUCGAAAGUGAGCUGAAUGUGGCGGAUCAGGCGACAAAGUGGGGAGGGGGACCGAACUUCAACGUUGAUAACCCUUGGUUUCGUGGGCCAAAAUUUCUAUCCAAACCGGAGAGUUUCUGGCCGCAGCAGAGGACUGUGCCGUAUUCUACUGAAGAAGAAAUUCGCAAAAUGAACGUGCACACGAAGAUCCAGUCGUUGAUCGAGGCAACCAGGUUCAGCCGCUGGGAAAAACUUGAGCGAACAGUGUCACUAGUUCAACGAUUCGUCGAUAAUUUGAAGCGGAAACGUCAAGGCAAACAGUUGGAGUUAGGAGUGCUGAAACAGGAGGAAUUAGCCAAGGCAGAAGCUACGUUGUAUAAACAAGCGCAGCAGAACUGGUAUGCUGAAGAGGUAGCUCAGCUCAACGGAUUCGACGGAACGUUGCAGUUGCAGCAUUCAGUGAUAUCGAGAACAAGUAAUAUCUACAAGCUUUGGCCAUUCUUGGAUCAAUGUGGAGUGAUGCGGAUGCGAGGAAGAAUCGACGCAGCUCCAAACGUAGCAUAUUCAGCAAAGCACCCUACGAUUCUGCCACAGAAGUCCAGAAUCACCUUUCUUCUGGCAGACAAGUUUCACCGGCGUUUCCGUCACGCCAACAGGGAAACCGUGAUAAACGAGAUGAGACAGGAGUACCACAUUCCGAAGAUGCGGGCGUUAGUCGCUAGAGUCACGAAGGAAUGCGUAUAUUGUCGCAUACGCAAUGCCAUUCCGAGGUCACCACCGAUGGCCCAGUUACCGAAUGUCCGGGUUACACCCUUUGUACGACCUUUCACUUUCGUGGGCCUCGAUUACUUCGGACCUAUUUUGGUAAAGGUUGGACGCAGCAACGUAAAGCGCUGGGUUGCACUUUUUACGUGCCUCAGCAUCCGGGCGGUUCACAUGGAAGUAGUACACAGUAUGUCUACUGAAUCCUGUGUGCUAGCAGUUCGUCGUUUUGUGUCAAGGAGAGGUUCACCAGCUGAAUUCUUCAGUGACAAUGGGACCAAUUUCAUUGGUGCCAACAACCAGUUGAAGAAGGAGAUUCAGGACCGAGAGGAAAGACUAGCGUCAGUGUUCACCAACGCCAACACCCGCUGGUCGUUCAAUCCACCCGGGGCCCCCCAUAUGGGAGGGGUAUGGGAGCGAAUGGUGCGCUCGGUUAAAGCGGCGAUUAAACCAGAUGAUGAGACGCUGGAAACAGUCAUAGUUGAGGCUGAAGCAAUGAUUAACACUAGACCUCUAACGUACAUUCCCUUGGAGUCGGCAGAUCAGGAAUCAUUAACGCCAAACCACUUUCUUCUGGGGAGUUCUUCCGGGGUCAAGCAGUUAGCAGUUCAACUUACGGAUUAUCGGAUGACACUGAGAAGUAGUUGGAAGCUGGCGCAACAUUUGGCUGAUGAGUUCUGGAAGCGAUGGUUGAAGGAAUACCUUCCGGUGAUUUCACGGCGGUCGAAGUGGUUUGAGGACGUGAAGGAUAUCCAGGAGGGAGAUUUAGUAUUCGUGGUGGAUGGAUCAACUAGGAAUCAAUGGACAAGAGGACGAGUGGAGAGGGUAGCGGUUGGUGCAGAUGGACGAAUACGGCAAGCUUGGGUGCGUACAAGUAGAGGAGUAGUUCGAAGACCGGUCGUCAAGCUGGCAAUGCUCGACGUCAUGGAGAAUGGUGAUCCUAGAGCAGGAGAUUAUAACGGAUCACGGGCGGGGGAAUGUGACGGCGAAAAGCCCCCCAAUGCUACGGCGAUGUAA